AUGGGGAGUUUAUCAACAGCUGGAGAAGCUGUUGCAAGGGUGGCAUAUCUCUCCAGUGGCGUUGUGCUAUCUGUACAGCCUACUCUGGAAAGAGACUCCAUCUUCUCAAAGGCAUUAAACAGCUUGUCUUCUGAGCAAGUGAAGGGAGCUGUCUCUGGAAACGUUCCAGAGAUUCGUCCAGUACGACACAAUGAAGAUCCCCUUUUAUCGGCCUACCACCCUCUCCAGAAUGGCCAGAGGGUCUCCGUAACGACUAGUUCAGCGAUUCUACUUUCCUCGAUACCCCAUCUUUACAGGCUCGCGAACUACCCGAUCGUCAUCCACGUACAUCUAGAGCCGGCCGAGUUCGCCGAUUUCUCAGUGAUAAGCUCCAUUCGCCAGUGUGGGUUCUCCUUCCUGCAUUCGGAGACCAUACAAGAGGCUCAGGACAUUGCGAUCACUGCACAUGCCUUGGCCCUGAGGUCCGGGAAAGGAGUGAUUCAUUUCUUCGAUCUGAGUAAUUCAGAGAAGAACGAACCUGUUGCAGCAGAAGAUGCAGCACUGGUGAAAGAUAUCCUUGAGCUUGGCGGACCUACAGCUAGCCAUUCCCCCGAAGGCACUUCUCAGACCUUGUAUGCUGAUUCCGGACGGACUGCGACUGUCUCUGACCAAGGGUUCGGAGGCCCGGUGAUCGCCCAGGCUUCCGAACUCUCAAUUCUAUCGCCAAAAUCUGCUGUUCAUAGCGUUGAUCCAUCUUCCGUUGGCUCGUCGCGGAGGGGGAGCAUCCUGGAGAGCCAUGUCCCCAGCUCCUCGGCUACAACAGUUGAGACGGUCACCGCUCGUCCAGUCGAUGCAUCAGACAUAUUCCAAAUAACUAAUAACAUCUGGGAAGCCCUAUCGAGCCGUGUUGGUCGACAGUAUCAUGCCAUUGAAUAUUCUGGCCCAGCGAACGGGAAGCUUGCCUUGUUCGUAUUUGGCUCAACAGGCGUGUUCCUGGAUACCUUAAACGACCCAAGCCAUAGGGAAGAAUUUAAAGAUGUUGGAGUUAUCACUGCCCGGCUUUACAGGCCGUGGGUAGGGAACCAGAUCCUCAGGGCCAUCCCUGACUCCAUCGAGCGCAUAGCCAUAUUAGAACAGGUCCGAAAAACCACAAGAUGGGGUCCAUCGUUCCUUGAUUUCCUGUCAAGCUUGUCACAGCCACCAACUGGUGCCAGAGCAGCGCCAACUUUAGUCGGUUACAGGCUUGGAUUCGUAGAGCCCUCAACCUCCCUUCAAGCUCUUAAGGGAGUCAUCCAAAAUCUAGCGCUGAAUCCACCCAUUCAAAACCUUGAAAUUGGCGGCCAGAAGAGUCUGUCACAGUCAAUCCAGCCUGAACAACCAGAUAACGAGAAUGCAUACACCAAGAUUCUAACACAGUCAUUCAAUGACCGCUUGUAUGUUGCGAACCAGCUUGGAUCGCAGGAUGCGGGUAUCUCCGCUACCAUCUCUGCAACCCCAGAAUAUGGAUUUGGAUCUCUUAUCGCGAGAAAGGAACGCCGCAGCCGUCUCAAGCAGGAAGUUGAGGAAGCAGUUCGUGCCAAUGGCUUUGCCAACGAGACAUCCAAACAGCUGCUGUCGAAAUGGGCUCUGAACGCAUCAAACCCUGUCAAGUCCAACCAGAUUGCUCCUGAUCUCAUUUCUAGCCUUACAGCUGAUAGCUCUAGCCCGGCCGAACAGCUACUCCGAUCGAAAGAGUUGUUUUUCAAGGAGUCUCAAUGGUUAAUUGGUUCUGACGCAUGGGCGUAUGAUCUUGGAAACUCAGGAGUUCACCAUGUUCUCGCUUCCAAUGAGAAUGUCAAUAUGUUAAUUAUCGAUUCUCAACCAUACUCACAGCGUACCGCAGCCGAUCCAACGCGGCGUAAGAAGGAUAUCGGACUCUAUGCGAUGAAUUUCGGUAAUGCAUACGUUGCAUCCGUCGCCGUGUAUAGCUCCUAUACCCAGGUGUUGCAGGCUAUCGCGGAAGCAGAGCAAUUUGACGGCCCCUCCGUCGUUGUUGCUUAUCUCCCGUAUCAUAAGGAGAGCGACUCUGCACUCACCGUCCUUCAAGAGACCAAGAAAGCCGUUGAAGCUGGGUACUGGCCACUCUACCGAUGGAAUCCAGAAAAUGCCGAAAAGGGGGAGCCUAACUUCUCGCUCGAUUCAGAGAGAAUCAAGAGAGAGCUCGAGGAAUUCCUGCGCAGAGAUAACCAGCUCACUCAGCUGAUGAACCGCCAGCCUCAAUUUUCAGCCAGCUUGUCUGAGUCGUAUGGUACUGAAGUUCGGGCUCUACAGAAAAGAGCAGCGAAAGAUUCCUAUGCCGAGCUCUUAGAAGGGUUGUUCGGUGCCCCGUUAACGAUUUUGUUUGCCUCUGAUAAUGGAAAUGGCGAGAAUCUGGCCAAGAGGCUGGCUAACCGCGGUAAAGCUCGCGGCCUCAAGACCAUGGUGAUGGCUAUGGAUGAUUAUCCCGUCGAAGAUCUGUCGACCGAAGAGAAUAUCGUUCUGAUUACUAGUACAGCAGGUCAGGGAGAACUCCCACAGAAUGGACGCGGUUUCUGGGAAACUGUUAAGAACUCGGGUGACCUUGACUUGAGCUCGAUCAAGUAUUCCGUUUUUGGACUCGGUGAUAGCCAUUACUGGCCUCGAAAGGAAGACAAGCUGUACUACAACAAGCCAGCUAAAGAUUUGGAUGCGCGUAUUUCUUUCCUCGGUGGUAAGAAAUUGGCAGAUAUAGGUUUAGGCGAUGACCAGGACCCAGACGGUUUCCAGACUGGAUAUCAAGAAUGGGAGCCAAAGCUGUGGCAAGCGCUGGGAGUGGAUAAAGUCGAAGGUCUGCCUGAAGAACCAGCACCGCUGACCAACGAAGAUAUCAAAAUCCAGUCCAACUACCUGCGUGGAACUAUCGCCGAGGGACUCCUUGACGAGUCUACGGGUGCCCUUGUUGAAAGCGACUUGCAACUAACCAAGUUCCACGGUACCUAUAUGCAAGAUGAUCGAGACUUGAGGGAAGAGCGAAAGGCCCAAGGUCUUGAACCAAAGUACAGCUUCAUGAUCCGCUGCCGUCUCCCCAGUGGUGUAGCAACACCAUUGCAAUGGCUGCAGAUGGACGAGAUCAGUAGCGCUCAAGGUAACGAGACUAUGAAGCUCACGACAAGACAAACGUUCCAGUUCCAUGGUGUUGUGAAAGGUAAGCUUAGGGCUGCUAUGCAGGCAAUUAACCGAGCUUUGAUGACCACCAUCGCUGCCUGUGGAGACGUGAACAGAAAUGUUAUGUGCAGCAGUCUUCCUGAGUUGUCGUCAUACCAUCGUGAAGUCCACGCCGUUUCUAAACUCAUCAGCGACCAUCUUCUUCCAGCAACUACCGCCUAUCAUGAGAUUUGGCUCAAGGAUGAGAACGAUAAGAAGGUACAGGUUGCUGGAGACGCUGUUGUUGAUCAUGAGCCAUUAUAUGGUCCAACCUACCUGCCCCGAAAAUUCAAGAUCACUAUUGCCAUUCCACCCCAUAACGACACGGAUGUGUACGCUCAUGACAUUGGCCUCAUCGCUAUCAAGGGCGCAGAUGGCCAUUUGGAGGGUUUCAAUGUCCUCGCUGGUGGCGGUAUGGGUGUCACACACAACAACAAAAAGACAUACCCUCGAACAGGCAGCAUGUUAGGCUAUGUUCCCGCAAGUAAAGCCCACAUUGUUUGCGAGAAGAUCAUGCUCGUACAGCGUGAUAACGGUGACAGGAAGAACCGCAAACAUGCUCGUCUAAAGUACACAAUAGAUGACAUGGGUGUGGAGGUUUUCAAGGGAAAAGUAGAAGACAUUCUUCCCGACGGACUUCGAUUUGCAGAGCCUCGUCCAUUCAAGUUCCAGUCCAACGUCGAUACAUUCGGUUGGAUCAAGGACGAAAAGGGCCUCAACCAUUUCACAUGCUUUAUCGAAAACGGCAGAAUCGAAGACACCUCUGACUUCCUUAUGAGAACUGGAUUGUGCGAGAUUGCCAAGUUGAACAAGGGAGAAUUCCGCCUGACCGGAAACCAGCACGUUAUUAUCUCCAAUAUCGAAGACGCUGAUCUCCCCGAGAUCAAGGCACUGAUGGCUAAAUACAAGCUUGACAACACUUCAUUCAGUGGACUUCGACUCUCAUCUUCGGCUUGUGUUGCCUUCCCGACUUGUGGUCUUGCGAUGGCCGAGUCAGAACGAUAUCUGCCCGUCCUCAUAACGAAGGUUGAAUCAUAUCUUGAAGAGAACGGUCUAUCAAGAGAGAGCAUCGUUAUGCGAAUGACAGGUUGCCCCAACGGAUGUGCCAGGCCCUGGCUUGCGGAAGUUGCCUUUGUAGGUAAGGCAUAUGGAGCAUAUAACAUGUAUCUUGGUGGAGGGUACCAUGGUCAACGACUGAACAAGUUAUACCGCUCUUCCAUCAAGGAAGAUGAGAUCCUUGAGAUCAUGAAGACUCUGCUGAAGAGAUAUGCUCUUGAGAGAAACACGGACGGAGAGCAGCCCGAGAGAUUCGGUGAUUGGUGUAUUCGUGCCGGUGUGAUCAAAGAGACCACCGAAGGGAAGACAUUCCACGAAGGGGUUGCCGAAGAAGAUGGCGAGGAGUGA